CAAAAGACCUUGCUCAACGCAAAAAGUUGUUCAUCGUAUUUUAGCAUCAAAAACCGACAAAAAACUCGAAAAAUCACAUAAAAAACGUGCGAAAAAGGAGCUGAAACAUCAAAAAUGGAUUUGAACGACAACAAUUUCCAAACUCUCGCGAAACAUUUACAAGACACGCUAAAUCCCGAUUCCAAUGUUCGAAGACCCGCUGAAAACUUUCUGCAAAGUAUCGAGCAUAAUUUAAACUUUCCCGUAUUGUUGCUUGCGUUGAUCGACAAGCCCGAACAAGAUUUGACGAUACGAGUUGCGGGAGCAAUAACCUUCAAAAAUUACAUCAAACGAAACUGGAAGACGGGACAAGAUGAGGAGAGUGAAAAUCGUAUUCAUGACACGGAUCGCGAAACAGUCAAGACCCUCAUUAUCCAAUUGAUGUUGAAAGCACCGCCAGCCAUUCAAAAACAACUGAGCGAUGCAGUAGCAAUAAUUGGCAAACAUGAUUUCCCGAAGAAAUGGCCUCAGCUGAUCGAUGAAAUGAUUGAAAAAUUCGCGACGGGAGACUUUUACAUCAUAAAUGGCGUGCUUCAAACGGCACAUUCGCUGUUCAAACGUUACCGCUUCGAAUUUAAGUCGCAAACGUUAUGGGAGGAAAUCAAAUUUGUCUUGGAUAAGUUUGCGAAACCACUUACGGAUCUCGUUGUAGCUACAAUGAAACUCACACAAGAUCACGCGGGAAAUGCAGAAGCGCUAAAAGUCAUUUACGGAUCUUUGGUUUUGAUUGCGAAGGUUUUUCAUUCCUUAAAUGCGCAAGAUUUGCCCGAAUUUUUCGAAGAUAAUAUGGCAACAUGGAUGGAUAUUUUUCAUACGCUGCUCGUAACUGAUGUUCCCUGUUUAAAGACACCCGAUGACGAAGAAGCCGGCGUUUUGGAGCAACUUCGAUCUCAAGUGUGUGAUAAUUUGGGCAUGUAUGCCACGAAAUACGAUGAAGAAUUUGGUCCUUAUAUGACACGAUUCGUUACGGAUGUCUGGGAAUUGCUGUGUACAACGGGAAAUCAAACAAAAUAUGAUGCUCUUGUAUCGAACGCUUUGCAAUUCUUAAGUACUGUAGCUGAUCGUAAUCAUUAUCGACAUCUCUUUGAAGAUCCCGCCGUUUUAUCGAGCAUUUGUGAGAAAGUUAUCAUCCCUAACAUGGAUUUCCGUGCAUCCGAUGAGGAGCUUUUCGAAGACAAUCCCGAAGAAUACAUCCGACGAGACAUCGAAGGGUCCGAUAUCGAUACACGUCGACGUGCCGCAUGUGAUCUCGUUAAAAUUUUAUCACAGAACUUUGAAGCCAAGAUAAUGGAGAUAUUCGGACGAUAUUUGGAAGUUUUGUUAGGCAAAUAUGCGGAAAAUCCUGUUGCGAAUUGGCGUGCAAAGGAUACAGCAAUUUAUUUAGUCAUGGCAUUAGCAUCAAGAGGCUCAACGCAAAAGAUGGGAGUUACACAAACGUCACAAUUGGUCCCGUUGCCGCAAUUUUGUCAACAACAAAUCUUGCCGGAGCUGCAAAGACCAAAUGUUAAUGAAAUUCCCGUAUUGAAAGCGGAUGCUUUGAAAUUUCUCAUGACUUUUCGCAGUUUAUUGGGACCUGAGAUAACGAUGGCAAGUCUCCCAUUGAUGAUUAAACACUUGCAAGCCGAUAGUGUUGUGUUGCACAGUUACGCCGCUUGUGCUCUCGAUAAAGUAUUGAUAUUAAAAGGAGCUGAUAACAAAUCGCCUCUUGUUUCAGGCCCUCAACUCGUUCCUUUUUCGAAUGAUUUGUUUGCAGGAUUGUUCGGGGCAUUCGAUAAAGUCGGUUCGAACGAAAACGAAUAUGUGAUGAAAGCGAUUAUGAGAAGUUUUUCAACUUUACAAGAAGCCUCAAUUCCGUUCAUGGGACAUGCUUUGCCGAAACUCACGGAAAUUCUCACACAAGUUGCAAAAAAUCCAUCGAAACCGCAUUUCAAUCAUUAUUUGUUUGAAACGUUCUCGUUGAGCAUUCGGAUCAUUUGCAAGUCGGAAUAUAAAGCAGUUGAUGCCUUUGAAGAAGCUUUGUUUCCCGUUUUUCAGGGCAUUUUACAACAAGAUAUUUUGGAGUUCAUGCCGUAUGUUUUCCAAUUGCUUUCGUUGUUAUUGGAAGCUCGAGAAGGAAAAGGCGCUAUACCGGAUCCGUAUUUGGCAUUGUUCCCGUGUCUUUUGUCGCCAACAUUAUGGGAUCGUCCGGGAAAUGUUACGCCUCUUAUUCGACUUUUGUGUGCGUUCGUGAGACAAGCUUCCGAUAAGAUUCAAGCUGAGGGCAAAUUAAUGGCAGUUUUGGGUGUUUUUCAAAAAAUGUUGGCUUCCAAGACGAACGAUCAUGAAGGUUUUUACUUGUUACAGAAUUUGAUUUCACAUUAUAAUCCAGCUGAACUUCAACCUUGCAUGCGUCAAGUAUUUUCUUUGCUGUUUCAACGUCUCAGUAAUUCGAAAACCACAAAAUUCGUUAGAUGUUUCAUCGUUCUCGUGAGUUUUUAUGCUGCUAAAGUUGGAGUAUCACAAUUGAUGGAAUUAAUUGACAGUAUUCAACCAAAACUCUUUGGCAUGGUAAUCGAACGCGUUUUUGUCCUCGACAUGAAUAAAGUCUCCGGCGAGAUGGAUCAAAAGAUCGUUUGUGUUGGUUCGAGUCUCAUUUUAUGCGAAUCUGGAUUGAUGUUGCAAUCGUACGAGCAUCUGUGGACACCUUUGCUUCAAGGAAUCGUUCAAAUGUUCGAAUUGCCGCCCGAUGAAUCGAACAUUGAUGGAGAUACAUUCAUUGACAUCGAAGAUACAGCUGGAUAUGAAGUUGCCUAUUCUCAAUUGAACUUUGCACAACCGAAAAAAUACGAUCCGCUUCCUGAAGUGUCAGAUACUCGGAAAUUUUUAGUCGAAAAUUUGGGAAAACUUUCACAAGCACGUCCCGGCGUAUUGCCCGCACGCAUUUUACAACUUCCAAUUCCUCAUCAAGAAGCUCUCACGAAAUAUUGUGCUCAACAUGGAGUGCAAAUUGUGUAAAAAAUUGAGUCUGAACACUUUUUUUACUCUUAAAAUUUUUGUUAACUCUUAAAAUUUGUUUCAUGAUAAAAAUUGAUAUGUUUAAAAAAAAAAGAUUUUUAUUUUUUUUUGU